CGGAAGGGACACCGUUUUCGCGCAGAGCCCUCGCUUUUAUACACAUUUUCAAGUAAAUAAACUAGAUUUUCUGCCGUAAAGCAAGCUCAUUUACCCGAGGCAGCAGGUUAAACGGCAGGCCUUGAAUACUGUGGGAUUCCUGUGUGAACAGUAGCAGGAAUUUUAGCUGGCGUUUUAAUUUCCCAUUUUAACUUUUAGUAAGCGGCGUUUUCCGCCGUCUCUCCUCUCUUUCUCGCCCCGCUCACUCUCUCCCCCUUGUGUGAGUAGGGGCCUUCACAGCCACGAGGUGCGUCCGUACAGAGGGAACAGGGCGAUGGCGGAGUUUGGUAAUGGACUGACGGAGGAAUCCCUACUAGAUUCGGACCCUGGCCAUCCUGAACUAGAAGACCCGGGUGUCGGCGAUGAGGAACCAGGGUUAGAAGAGGGAGAGGCCGCGAUUGAAGACCCGGAGCUGGAGGCAAUUAAAGCCCGAGUGAGAGAGAUGGAGGAAGAAGCAGAGAAGCUGAAGGAGCUACAGAACGAGGUGGAGAAACAGAUGAACCUCAGCCCCCCACCAGCUGGCCCUGUCAUCAUGUCCAUCGAGGAGAAGAUGGAAGCGGAUGGCAGAUCUAUUUACGUUGGAAACGUGGACUACGGGGCCACGGCAGAGGAGCUGGAAGCUCAUUUCCACGGCUGCGGCUCUGUCAACAGAGUCACCAUCCUGUGUGAUAAAUUCACAGGGCAUCCCAAAGGGUUUGCUUAUAUUGAGUUUGCAGACAAGGAGUCUGUUAGGACGGCCAUGGCUUUGGACGAGUCUCUUUUCAGAGGAAGGCAGAUAAAGGUGGGUGCCAAGAGAACAAACAGACCAGGCAUCAGCACCACAGACCGCGGGUUUCCCCGGGCCCGCUUCCGCUCACGAGGAGGAAGUUUCUCCUCAUCACGCGCACGCUACUACAGUGGCUACACACCACCCAGGGGCAGAGGACGGGCCUUCAGGGGCCGAGGGCGAACAACAUCGUGGUAUUCCCCUUACUAAUACACCCCCCCCUCCCCAAACACUCCUUUUACUAUCUCUCCACCCCACCCAUCCACAAUCCCAUUGUGGGGUGGGGGGUGGGGCAAAAAAAGAAAACCCAACCCAACCCACCCCAACCCUCCCACCCCCCACCCCAAAAAAAAAAAAAAGGAAGAAUUCCCCAGAAGAGAAAAAAAGACAAAAUGGAAAAAAAACACCUUCACCUGGACAGAGACUGACUGGCCGCAGUGUGCGAUUGUGUGUGAGCGUGCGUGUGCCGAGGUUGAUGCGGUCACCCCUGGUAAGGUAUAAACUGGCCGAUUCGGGGAGAAUUUGAUGGCUUUUUUUCUCCCCUUUUUCAUUUUUGCUUAGGGGGGGGGGGUUAAAAAGUGUAAGAGAGAAGAUGAUGGUAUCUCAGGCUGCAGAUGUGUCUCCUUUGGGUCUGGCUGUGACCUCCUGCUCUCACACCAUUACCACCAACACAGCCCACCCACUCUUUCCAACCACCACCAGGGAAAAUCAAGCGAGUUUAAAAAAAAAUGCAGCAAAAACUUUUUCUUGUAUCCUACUUAUGUGAAACUUCCACUAGCAGGAAUGCUGUUUGUUGUGUUUUUUAAGUUUGUGGUAGUGGGAGUGUAUCAUUAUCCCUCUUCUGUUUCUGCUGUUCUGUGACCAGCCCCCACCCCUAAUCCCUACCUCCCCAUCUUUUAACUCAUUGUUCUCGAUAUCCUCCCCUUCUCUGUUUAUCAUCCCACACCCACCUCGUUCAAUGUCCACUUUCUGGACAGCGACAAGGCGUUAGAUGCUCAGUUGGGUCACGCGUGCCUACAAAUGAUUUUAAGGGGGAGGGGGAUUUAUUUUUUGCCCCCCCCCUUAAAUUCAUACUUGUCAUUGUUAAGGCAUGGUCAGAGCUCCGUCUUUUUUCUUCUUUUUUUUUUGAUGGACUUCAACCGUGUUUUUUUUUUUGUUUUUUUUUUUGUUUUUGCAUCCCCAACCUGUUCUUUGUCCUUCCUCCCAAUCCUGCCCCUCCUCAUCCAUCCCUCCCUCUUUUCUCUCCCUCCUCCUCCUCUCUCUGUAUAUUAGACCACUUCUUGUCGUUUCAGGUUUCAGGACCAGUGGAGGCUGACUACCCCUCCCCAGGUGGCGCCGGCCCCCCCCACUGUCUCUGCAGCAUCUCUCUCUCUCUCUGCUCCCGCUAUGCACACUCACCCCAUCCUGUCGGU